AAGUAGUGACGGUUUUGAAGGGAACUCCCCGCGUCGCCAGUCACAAAUCGCUUUGCGAUGAAAACACCGGACUUACUAACUGGGGAGGGAGUCGCAACACAUUGCGGCUGGAUACGUGCGUGAAGAUUUCAACAUCAAGCGGGUCAGAACAGCAAUGAAGUUCAACAAGUCAGUCUGCUAAACAAUCAGAGCCCGCAUCGUUCCAACGCUUCAAGAGGAGUGUGAACACACCAUGUGCCAUAACUGGAGACACCUUUGUACUGCCCCAUAGAUCGGCAGCCCCCUUAUGAACCUUGGUCUUUGAGGACCCUCCUAGUCGUUCACAUUUCCCGCCGCGCAAGAUGAAGAAGGUGGUGGAGUGGUCAUCAGAGGAUGUUUCUAAAUGGCUGAGUAAAGAGGGGAUGCCAGAGUAUGCAGAUGCCCUCAGACAGAUAGACGGUCCUGCUCUGUUGAGACUCAAGAAUACAGAUUUCCAGGAUCCUCCACUCUCCCGUGUCUCCUCAGAUGGUGGAAUGCAACUGCUUGAGCGGCUGGAGACCCUGCGAAUAGAGAACCACAUCGAGGCUCACAAAAAUGGCCAUGCAAACGGGCACGCUGGCGGGCUACCAAAAGGAACUAGUAAGCCCCAGAGGAAUGGCACACUGGGGAAAAAAGAGAUGACUCUCAUUCCCAUGCCCGUGCUGGAACCUACUCACCCCUCGUUCCCUACAGAGUGGGGGAAGACGGGCAUAGCGUUUGUCUAUGCAGUCAUUUGUUUCGUCACCACCUCUAUCGUCAUAUCAGUGGUCCACGAACGAGUUCCACCGAAGGAGCACACUCCACCGUUGCCUGAUAAGUUCUUCGACCUGUUCGACCGAGUGGAAUGGGCCUUCUCCAUUUGUGAGAUCAACGGCAUGUUGUUGGUGGGCCUUUGGCUGGUCCAGUGGGUUCUGCUCAAGUACAGGUCAAUCGUUGGCAGGAGAUUCUUUUUCAUUGUGGGGACGCUGUAUCUGUACCGCUGCAUUACAAUGUACAUCACAACCCUGCCUGUUCCCGGGAUGCACUUUAAAUGCUCUCCAAAGCUUCUGGGGAACUGGGAGGCCCAAAUGAGGAGAAUCAUGAAAAUGAUUGCUGGUGGUGGUCUGUCCAUCACAGGCUCUCACACCAUGUGUGGAGAUUAUCUGUACAGCGGACACACGGUUAUGUUAACACUCGCAUACCUCUUCAUCAAAGAGUAUUCUCCCAAGCGCUUCUGGUGGUACCACUGGGUAUGUUGGACCCUGAGUGCUGUCGGGAUUUUCUGCAUCCUUCUGGCCCACGACCACUACACUGUAGAUGUGGUUGUGGCGUAUUUCAUCACCACGCGCCUCUUCUGGUGGUACCACACCAUGGCCAACCAGCGGCCUUUGAAGGAGUCGUCUCAAAGUAAUCUGUUCACCCGGGUGUGGUGGUACAGACUGUUCCUCUUCUUUGAAGAGAAUGUGAACGGCACGGUCCCUCGGAGCUACCAGCUGCCGUUCUCGUUGCGGGUGUCGCCGUGGAGCCGCAAAGUGAAGUACAGCAAACUGGACAUCCAGUGACCACCGUCGAGCUCAAGCAGGCAAGGACUGCCACUUCAAAAAGUGCUGUUUUUUUUUUUUUUAAUUUUAAUUUUCACAGAGGAUGGCACCUUACAAUGUAGCGUUAUCCUUACAUCUCUGCUGAAUGAGAACCCAUCAGAUAUGUUUCUCCUGUUGGUUAUUUUUAUCCACUUCUGACAGUAUUCGUCAACUUACAGCACUAAUUAUUUAAAUAGUCCUUUCUAUAGGUCAUAAACAUUUCUGCUUCUUUUUAGGGGGGAGGGUUCUAUGAUAUUUCAACAUAAAGCUUAAGUUUUUGGUCGGCUAAGUGCAAAAGCAUAAUUUUUUUUUUUUUUUUUUAAAUCUGACUUUUUUAAAAUUCCAAUUGCCAUAAUAAUUUUUUGUCCUAUUUUCUAGCAACAUUUUUGUAAAUGUUCUUGCUAAAAUGCCUCGACGGUGCAAAAAAAAAAGAAAAUAUUUUUUCUAGAUACUUUAUUUUUCAGAAGAAAAUGAUGUCCAACUGAGAAUUUUUAGAUUUGUAUCAUUUUCAAGACGGAUUACAAAGAGCAUAAGAAUUUAAUGUGGUAUAGAGUUGAUCCCAGUGCCUUCUCUUAGUCUGAUUGUAACAAGCGUUCAAGAACUUCACGUCUAGUGUCGCUGCACCGUCUCGGGCAGCCACACGGUCAAAGCCGAGCGCCCACGAAUGUAUGAAACAACUAUGCUAGCCUUACCAGAAAGUUGGUCUUCCCAAAAUAAGGAGCAGCGAGUUGAUGCUUUCUAUCAUUUUGUGCUUACUGGGUUAAUGCUGUUCUAAUAGGAAUACAAGACUGUUAAUUGUAAUUUUUUAAAAGGAAAACUUUGUAACAUUUAAUUUUUUGUCAACACCAGCUGCGUUUGAAGCCAAAUCUGAGGCUCCUGCUAGUAUUUUUCCAUUACAGUGAAAGUGUCAUAGUCUCAUCGGACGUUUGAUUAAAACGAUGUCUACAAAGAGCAGUUUGGACUUGAUCUGAACACUGUUACUGUUUGAAAUCAAAACCUGUGAGCUUUCAUUUUUGUAAUGAAUCAUAGAACAGAAGAAACGUUUUCACCCGCGUGUCAAAAGAUUGAAUACAGAUGAACAUUUCCCGUUGUUCCAGGUUAUUUUAUCAUUUACGUUAGCUGCUGGACUGUAGUGAAAAAGGAAAAAGCAUGUUUGUCCCCUGAUGUGAGCAGCCAAGUCUCAAACGUUCAGUGUAGAUCCGGUUUGUGAGGAAGGAGUUGAGCGAUCCAAACAUGGAAAUGUGUGUUUAGUUUAUUAUAAAUGUGCAAAAAAAAACUUUUUUUCCAUAAAUGUGAAUUGUUUUGAUGGAAAUUUAUAUUAAUGUUUCUUCUUUUUUUUUUCUUUGUUCCACUGACAUGCUAAGUGUGUGACAGGAGUAUUACACUAUUUUACAUAUGAGGAGGACUCCAUCUAGAAAUCAAUACAUCAAACUAUUGCAAGUCAAACAGUUAUUUAUAUUUUUAAAAAUAUAAUGGGUAAUAAAAAGCAUUAUUUUAAUAGUAAAUUGAUGAAACGGUUGUUUCAUUGGGAGAGGAAGUAUAAAUGUUGAAAGAUAUUUUUCUGAAAAAUCGCAGCGUUGCUCCUGUUUCAGUCAAUCAUUUCAGCCAAGAACAUUUCCUGUCUUUCAGUUUCCCUCACCUGUUUUUAAACUGCUCUCUUUACUGAUUCAGGGUUAAUUCCCAGGUUACAAAAAAUCUGAUUAUUGUAAAGCUUGCAAAGGAAAUUCCUAUGUUUGCAUCUUUAAGAAAGCAGAGUUCAUCUUGUGUUCGUCAAACUCUCACCUUCUUUGUUCCUUUUUUUGUGUACAAAUCAGAUGUUUGUAAGAUAAGCUAAAGAAUAGAGUUGUUUUGGAAUAAAACCUUUUAUUAUGAUGAAA